ACUAAAAAGUGUUUUGCAAACUUCGGGGUCACGUUUCCCAUUGUUGCCCGAAAUGGGUAUUUAAUCAUUGGUUUUAAGAAAAAGAUUGGCAAUAACGUGCAAAUGAAAUGUAUACAAUCCGGAAUCCGUGUCUCUAAAAAUUUUGUGCCAGUAAAGAAAGAAUAUGUUGUGAGAAGUCUUUAAGAAAUGCACUACUAGUUUCAGUCGUAUUACUACACUGCAAUGAAUGCUUAGCACUGAAAUUAAAAGCUGAACAAUGGCUUCUGAAAACCCUAGACAUCAGCUUUCUGGCAUUCAGUCUGGGAAACAAGUUACAAGUGCUUCCAAAAAAGUCUUGCCCUCAACUCCUUCUUUAGGUGAAAUUUCAAGCUCUUCUGUGUCUGUCAUUGACAGAAAUUCGAAUGUCAAGCAAAAUCAAGCGUAUGCAGCAUUCUUUUUAGAAUAUUCCUUAAUUUCAGAAUACCUACUCUUGCAAAAGCAAUUCCUUUCUGGUGUUUAUGUCAUUCCAUCUGCUGGUUCUCCUUUAAAAUGGUUUGGUGCCAUUUUUGUUAGGCAGGGUCUCUAUCAAGGUGGGGUGUUGCGAUUUACUUUGUACAUACCUGACAAUUAUCCUGAUUGUGACUGUCCAAUUUUGGUUUUUGAUGUACCAAUGUUUCAUCCUUUAAUAAAUAUUGAAACUGGUGAGCUUGAUGUUAAAAGAGCUUUCCCUAAAUGGAGGAGAAAUGUUAACCAUUUGUGGCAAUUGAUUCAGUAUGCAAAAAGAAUAUUUUACAAGAUUGAAACAGAAUCACCAUUGAAUUUAGAAGCUGCGGAGUUGUAUGAGAAAGAUUUGGAGUUGUAUAAAGUUAAAGUUGCUGAAAGUAUAAGUUUGUGCAGUGAAAAGUUGUAUGAAAAACCAAUCACAGAUGAUCCCCAUGCAUUUCACUUUACACCUUGGGAUCCCAGUGUACAUGAUGAUUUCAGAAAAAAGCUAUUUUUAUCAAAGAAAGAACAAGAAGAUGGUUCAAAAAAUUCACAGACUGGUUUGUCAUGGAUGAAACCAGGAAAUCUACAAAUAUUUUCUAAAACAUCUUGAUUAUUUAUUUUAAAAUCAUUUUUUAAAACAAAUUAUGUUGAAAUUUUAUGAUUAGAACAAUGUUUUUUAAUGAUCUCUGUAUUUUAUAUAAUUUUUAAAUAAAGAUAUUUAAUUUU